AACGCUGGCUCAUUGAGUGAAUGAUUAGUGUUCUGAUUUCCGUUUAAUUUUCUUGUUUUUAAUUCAAUUAAUUUUGAUUGUUUGGUGUUUUUCUUUUUAAUUAAUUGUUCAAUAGAUUAACUAUUCAUCUCUGAAUUGGAAUUGUAUCGUUUAAUCUGUUCACCAUGGCUCUCACCAUGCAUCCAAAGAUGAAAAUUACAUCUGCUUCAGGAAUAAUUUCCUUACUUGAGGAAGAUCGACCUGAGCUGAAAAGUUUUGCUUUAUCUAAGCUAAAUGAUAUUGUCGAUGAAUUUUGGGCUGAAAUAUCUGAAGUUAUCGCUAAAAUUGAGGUUCUCCAUGAAGAUGAAUCCUUUGAUAAAAGGAAACUUGCCUCUCUUGUAGCUUCUAAAGUUUAUUACCAUUUAGGAUCUUUUGAAGAUUCUCUCACCUACGCAUUAGGAGCUGAAGAUCUUUUUGAUGUCAAUGAUGAAUCUGAAUAUGUGUCCACCAUUAUUGCUAAAUCAAUUGAUCAUUAUACUAAACUACGAGUACGAAUGUUCACAACAAGUGAUGGUAACAAAGUGCAAAUUGACUCUCGUCUUGAGGAUAUUGUCAACCGAAUGUUUAAAAGGUGUUUUGAUGAUGGUCAAUUUAAACAAGCCAUUGGAAUUGCAAUGGAAACCCGGCGUAUGGAUAUCUUUGAAAGAUCCAUCCUUGAAUCAGACAAUGUUACCGGCAUGUUAGAUUAUGCUUUCCGUAUAACAAUGUCAUUGGUUGAAAAUCGGCAUUAUCGAAAUGAUAUUCUUAAAAUUUUAGUCAAAAUUUACAAAAAUUUGAGAACACCAGAUUAUGUCAAUAUGUGUCAGUGUUUAAUAUUCUUAGAUGAUGCUCAAUCAAUUGCUGAUGUUUUAGAUAAAUUGGUUCGGGAAGAUGUUACCAGUUCUCUUAUGGCUUACCAGAUAGCCUUUGAUCUUUAUGAAAGUGCAACCCAAAAUUUUCUUACCCGAGUUUUACAAGCUAUCAGGAUAACCGCUCCUAUCCCUUCAUUGGUUGGACCCAUAACAAAGGCUACAGGUGAAAAAGAUGAUUCUAAAAAAGAUCAGCCUGAACAAAUGGAUACAGAUCAAGUUCAACCUGAAGAUAAUGCUGUUAAUAAUGAAGCCUCAACAUCAACAGCUGAACCUGUUAAAGAAUCUGAAUCAGAAAAGGUGAAAAAAGAAGAUCUUGCUGGAGAAGAUGCAUUGCGUCAAGAGAGAUUAGAAAAAUUAGCUAUUAUUUUAAGUGGUGAAACUACCAUUGAACUUGAGCUUCAAUUUCUUAUUCGAAACAAUCACACCGAUAUGUUGAUCUUGAAACAUACUAAAGACGCUGUUAGAAAUUCAGUUUGUCACACCGCCACUGUCAUCGCUAAUUCUAUUAUGCAUUGUGGUACUACUAGUGAUCAAUUUCUUCGUGAUAAUCUUGAUUGGCUUGCCCGUGCCGUGAAUUGGGCCAAGUUUACAGCCACCGCCAGCUUAGGUGUUAUUCACAAAGGUCACGAAAAGGAAGCUCUUCAUUUGAUGCAAGCUUAUCUUCCCAAAGACUCUGGUCCGGGUAGUGGUUAUAUCGAAGGUGGUGGUCUUUACGCUUUAGGUCUUAUUCAUGCUAAUCAUGGAUCAAACAUCACUGAUUAUCUUUUAAAUCAAUUGAAAGAUGCCCAAAAUGAGGCUACUCGUCAUGGUGGUUGUCUUGGUUUAGGUUUAGCAGCAAUGGGAACCAAUCGUCAAGAUGUUUAUGAGCAGCUUAAAUUCAAUUUAUAUCAAGAUGAUGCUGUAACCGGUGAGGCGGCAGGUAUCGCAAUGGGCCUGGUUAUGUUGGGCUCUAAAUCUCCCCCUGCAAUUGAAGAUAUGGUUGCAUAUGCCCAAGAAACUCAACAUGAAAAGAUUCUUCGUGGUCUUUCAAUCGGUAUUAGUUUAACAAUGUUUGGUCGCCUUGAGGAGGCUGAUACACUUAUCGAGAGUUUGUGUCGAGAUAAAGAUCCAUUACUCCGUCGAUCUGGUAUGCACACAAUUGCCAUGGCCUAUUGUGGUACUGGUAACAACGAAGCUAUCAGAAAGUUACUUCACAUCGCUGUGAGUGAUGUUAAUGAUGAUGUUCGUCGAGCGGCUGUUGAAGCUAUUGGCUUCCUUCUCUUCCGUACCCCUGAAAAUUGUCCCAGUGUUGUUUCCCUUCUUUCAGAGAGUUAUAAUCCUCAUGUUCGUUAUGGUGCUGCCAUGGCCUUAGGUAUUUGUUGCGCUGGAUCGGGUAAUAAAGAAGCCAUCAACCUAUUGGAACCAAUGGUUAAUGAUCCAGUCAACUAUGUUAGACAAGGAGCUUUAAUUGCAUCAGCACUUAUCUUGAUUCAACAGACUGAAGCUUUGUGUCCAAAGGUGAAAGAUUUUCGUGCUCUUUACGCUAAAAUCAUCUCAGACAAACAUGAUGAUGUAAUGGCUAAAUUCGGUGCAAUUCUAGCACAAGGAAUCAUCGAUGGUGGUGGUCGUAAUAUGACAAUAUCAUUACAAUCUCGAACAGGUCACACAAAUGUCGCUGCCGUUGUCGGUAUGCUUGUGUUCACUCAAUUCUGGUAUUGGUUUCCUUUGACACAUUUUCUCUCCCUGAGUUUUGUUCCAACCUGCAUAAUUGCUCUCAACUCGGACCUUAAAAUGCCUAAAUUAGAGAUUAAAUCAAAUGCUCGGCCUUCACUGUACGCAUAUCCACCUCCUUUAGAAGAAAAGAAAGAACGAGAACGAGAAAAGGUUACAACCGCCGUUCUUUCAACAACAGCUAAACACGCAAAGAAAAGGGAAGCAAAAGAAAAAGAGAAAGAAGAAAAAAUGGAAGUUGAUGAAACGAAAACCACAACUCCAAACCUUCCCAGUAUCCCGGAUUCUCCCGCCUCACCAACACCUUCACCCAACAAAGGGGCAUCGUUAGAAAGCAAAGGUGACAAGGUUGAAAAAGAAAAAGAGAAAGAAAAAGAAAAAGAAAAAGAAAAAGAAAAGGAUAAAGAAAAGGAUAAAAAAGAAACAGAGAAAACAAGUAAAGAAAAGUCAAAAGAGAAGAGCAAAGAAACUGAAGAAAGAAAAUCUGAGCCCACAAACGAAAUAUUAACCAAUCCUGCCAGAAUAAUAAGGCAACAAUUAAAAGUCAUCUCUAUACCGGACACUUCACGUUAUAGACCCUUGAAAGAAUUAAGUAUCGGUGGUAUUGUCAUGAUGCGCGAUGUCCGAUCCGAAGAACCCGAAGAAUUAGUUCAACCUGUUGCUGCUGGUGGACCAAAGGUGGAAGAAGAGAAAGAACCUGAUCCACCAGAACCUUUUGAAUAUAUCGAAGAUUAAACGAAGAGAGAAACAAAAAUUUAAUAAAUAAUUUUCAACAAAAACUCUACAUAAAUUAACUUUUUUUUGCGGAAACAAAAUUAAUUAACCUCAUCUUGCUUUAUUACCAAUAAAGAAUCAAUUGGAUUUAUAUAA